UCCUCCAGCAUCCCCGCCCCUCCUCCUCCGGCCGCCACCAGUUACGUUCGGCCAGUUGCGUUCGUGCGGCGACGUCCACGCAUUUUUUGACGUAGCGAGCGACGGCGGGGAGCGGAGCGGAAGUCCAGCACGGUUGCCGCUAGAGGAGGGAGGGGUGAGAAGCCUAAGUGGGACCGGAAGUGGAAUUAAUCCGCUUACCUCUCCGGCGCCUGCGAAACAGAAAAGAGAAGGCGCCUGUCGGGCGGGGUGUGGCUUCGGGUGGCGGAGGACGCUGCGAUUGGCCCUCGGCUGUGGCGACAGCGACGAUUGGUCCCUGCGUGCAGAGCGCGGUGAGAGCGGGUGGCGGCCGUUGGAAUUCAAAAGUGGCGGGUGUGGCGCGGGGCUGGUAGCGGCCGGAGCCGCGCGAGUUCUCUACCCUGCUUCGCGAGCGGGCGAGAGAACGCGAGUCCCAGGAUCCCCGGAACCCAGUUCUCUUCCACUGCAUUCCCCCGGCGCGUGUGGGACCGAGGUGGACAUGGAUCCGCAGAGGUCCCCCCUGUUGGAAGUAAAGGGGAACAUAGAACUGAAGAGACCUCGGAUUAAGGCCCCUUCCCGGCUGCCUCUCUCAGGAAGCAGACUCAAGAGGAGGCCUGACCAGAUGGAAGAUGGCCUGGAGCCUGAGAAGAAACGGACAAGAGGCCUGGGUGCAACGACCAAAAUUACCACAUCCCACCCAAGAGUUCCAUCCCUCACUACAGUGCCACAGACACAAGGCCAGACCACAGCUCAAAAAGUUUCCAAGAAGACAGGACCCCGGUGUUCCACAGCUAUUGCCACAGGGUUGAAGAACCAGAAGCCAGUUCCUGCUGUUCCUAUCCAGAAGCCUGGCACAUCAGCUGUUCCUCCCAUGGCAGGAGGGAAGAAACCCAGCAAACGUCCAGCCUGGGACUUGAAGGGUCAGUUAUGUGACCUAAACGCAGAACUAAAACGCUGCCGUGAGAGGACUCAAACAUUGGACCAAGAGAACCAGCAGCUUCAGGACCAGCUCAGAGAUGCCCAACAGCAGGCCAAGGCCCUGGGGACAGAGCGCAGGACACUGGAGGGGCAUUUAGCCAAGGUACAGGCCCAGGCUGAGCAGGGCCAACAGGAGCUGAAGAACUUGCGUGCUUGUGUCCUGGAGCUGGAAGAGCGGCUGAGCACGCAGGAGGGCUUGGUGCAAGAGCUUCAGAAAAAACAGGUGGAAUUGCAGGAAGAAAGGAGGGGACUGACGUCCCAACUAGAGGAGAAGGAGAGGAGGCUGCAGACAUCAGAAGCAGCCCUGUCAAGCAGCCGAGCAGAGGUGGCAUCUCUGUGGCAGGAGACUGCGGCCCAGGCAGCCUUACUGGCUGAGCGGGAAGAACGUCUUCACGGGCUAGAAAUGGAGCGCCGGCGACUGCACAACCAGCUGCAGGAACUCAAGGGCAACAUCCGUGUAUUCUGCCGGGUCCGCCCUGUCCUUCCUGGGGAGCCCACUCCACCCCCUGGCCUCCUCCUGUUUCCCUCUGGCCCUGGUGGGCCCUCUGAUCCUCCAACCCGCCUUAGCCUCUCCCGGUCUGAUGAGCGGCGUGGGACCCUGAGUGGGGCACCAGCCCCACCAACUCGCCACGAUUUUUCCUUUGACCGGGUAUUCCCACCAGGAAGUGGACAGGAUGAAGUGUUUGAAGAGAUUGCCAUGCUUGUCCAGUCAGCCCUGGAUGGCUAUCCAGUAUGCAUCUUUGCCUAUGGCCAGACAGGCAGUGGCAAGACCUUCACAAUGGAGGGUGGGCCUGGGGGAGAUCCCCAGUUGGAGGGGCUGAUCCCUCGGGCCCUACGGCACCUCUUCUCUGUGGCCCAGGAGCUGAGUGGUCAGGGCUGGACCUACAGCUUUGUAGCAAGCUACGUGGAGAUCUACAAUGAGACUGUCCGGGACCUGCUGGCCACUGGAACCCGGAAAGGUCAAGGGGGCGAGUGUGAGAUUCGCCGUGCGGGGCCAGGGAGUGAGGAGCUCACUGUCACCAAUGCUCGAUAUGUCCCUGUCUCCUGUGAGAAAGAAGUGGAGGCCCUGCUUCAUCUGGCCCGCCAGAAUCGGGCUGUGGCCCGCACAGCCCAGAAUGAACGGUCAUCACGCAGCCACAGUGUAUUCCAGCUACAGAUUUCUGGGGCGCACUCCAGCCGAGGCCUGCAGUGUGGGGCCUCCCUCAGUCUUGUUGACCUGGCCGGGAGUGAGCGACUUGACCCUGGCUUAGCCCUUGGCCCCGGGGAGCGGGAACGCCUUCGGGAAACACAGGCCAUUAACAGCAGCCUGUCCACGCUGGGGCUGGUUAUCAUGGCCCUGAGUAACAAGGAGUCCCAUGUGCCUUACCGGAACAGCAAACUGACCUACCUGCUGCAGAACUCUCUGGGUGGUAGUGCUAAGAUGCUCAUGUUUGUGAACAUUUCUCCACUGGAAGAGAACGUCUCUGAGUCCCUCAACUCUUUACGCUUUGCCUCCAAGGUGAACCAGUGUGUUAUUGGUACUGCCCAGGCCAACAGGAAGUGAAGACGGAUCCAGAUCUUGUGUUGGGAGUGUGUGUGUGUGUCUGUCUGUAUCUGUAUGUGUAUGUAUUGGGUGAGGAGUGGGAGGAUUGCUGGAGGGUGCUUUAUUGGGUGGAGGGCACCAUGUCCCAGGGCUAUCAAAUAAAGAAUAGUGUUUUGUUUUUUUUUUUUUUUUAAAUAAAGGUUUAUCUGCCCAAGAAGGCAGAUAUUUUCAUAUCUGUAAA